AGGCAUUCUGUAAAUGGGUGACAUGGCUGCUACUCAGAUUUCCAAAGAUGAGCUUGAUGAGCUGAAAGAGGCCUUUGCGAAAGUUGAUCUCAACAGCAAUGGAUUCAUUUGUGACUACGAACUUCAUGAGCUGUUCAAGGAAGCUAACAUGCCAUUACCAGGAUAUAAAGUGAGAGAAAUCAUUCAGAAACUCAUGGUGGACGGUGACCGCAAUAAAGAUGGGAAGAUAAGUUUCGAUGAGUUUGUUUAUAUUUUUCAAGAAGUCAAAAGUAGCGAUAUUGCCAAAACCUUUCGUAAAGCAAUCAACAGGAAGGAAGGGAUUUGUGCUCUGGGAGGAACUUCAGAAUUGUCCAGUGAAGGAACCCAACAUUCUUACUCAGAGGAAGAAAAAUAUGCUUUUGUGAACUGGAUAAACAAAGCCUUGGAAAAUGAUCCUGAUUGCCGACAUGUUAUACCAAUGAACCCCAAUACUGAUGACCUGUUCAAGGCUGUGGGUGAUGGAAUUGUGCUCUGUAAAAUGAUCAACCUUUCAGUUCCUGAUACAAUUGAUGAAAGAGCAAUCAACAAAAAGAAACUCACACCUUUCAUUAUUCAGGAAAACUUGAACCUGGCGCUGAACUCUGCUUCUGCCAUCGGGUGUCACGUUGUGAACAUCGGUGCAGAGGAUUUGCGGGCUGGGAAGCCUCAUCUGGUUCUGGGACUCCUCUGGCAGAUCAUUAAGAUUGGUUUGUUCGCUGACAUUGAAUUAAGCAGGAAUGAAGCAUUGGCUGCUUUACUUCGAGAUGGUGAGACAUUGGAGGAGCUUAUGAAAUUGUCUCCAGAAGAGCUUCUCCUUAGGUGGGCAAACUUCCAUCUAGAAAACUCCGGCUGGCAAAAAAUCAACAACUUCAGUGUAGACAUUAAGCUUAUUGACUUCAGUAAUUCAGUGAAGGAUUCCAAAGCCUAUUUUCAUCUUCUCAAUCAAAUUGCACCAAAGGGACAAAAAGAAGGUGAACCCCGGAUUGAUAUUAACAUGUCAGGUUUCAACGAAACAGAUGACUUGAAACGAGCUGAAAGUAUGCUUCAACAAGCAGACAAAUUGGGCUGCAGACAGUUCGUUACCCCUGCUGAUGUUGUCAGUGGAAACCCUAAACUGAAUUUAGCUUUUGUGGCUAAUCUGUUUAAUAAAUACCCAGCACUAACUAAGCCAGUGAACCAGGAUAUCGACUGGACUCUACUAGAAGGCGAAACCCGUGAAGAAAGAACCUUCCGUAACUGGAUGAAUUCUCUUGGUGUUAAUCCCCAUGUAAACCAUCUCUAUGCUGACCUACAAGACGCCUUGGUAAUCUUACAGCUGUAUGAGCGAAUCAAAGUUCCUGUUGACUGGAGCAAGGUUAACAAACCUCCAUACCCGAAACUUGGAGCCAACAUGAAAAAACUUGAAAACUGCAACUAUGCUGUGGAGUUGGGGAAGCAUCCUGCCAAGUUCUCCCUGGUUGGCAUUGGAGGGCAAGACCUGAACGAUGGAAACCAAACCCUAACUUUAGCUGUAGUCUGGCAGCUGAUGAGAAGAUAUACCCUCAAUGUCCUGGAAGAUCUUGGAGAUGGCCAGAAAGCUAAUGACGACAUCAUUGUAAACUGGGUGAACAGAACAUUGAGUGAAGCUGGAAAGUCAUCUUCCAUUCAGAGUUUUAAGGACAAGACAAUCAGCUCUAGUUUGGCAGUUGUGGAUUUAAUUGAUGCCAUUCAGCCAGGCUGCAUAAACUAUGACCUUGUCAAAAGUGGCAAUCUAACAGAAGAUGACAAGCACAAUAACGCCAAGUAUGCCGUGUCAAUGGCUAGAAGAAUUGGAGCCAGGGUUUAUGCUCUCCCGGAAGACCUGGUGGAAGUAAAGCCCAAGAUGGUCAUGACUGUGUUUGCCUGCUUGAUGGGCAGAGGAAUGAAGAGAGUGUAAUACAACCAACUGAAGCAAACACAGCCUGGCUCCCAGGUGCAUGAUUAGCAAGUUAGCUAUUGCCAGGUGACGUGCUCAUGUCCUAGGGCACUAUUUGUCAUUUUUCAUGUUGAUCCUGCAAUUUGUGUAAGUCAAUUACCUGCAAGAGUGAGCCUCACCCGUGGUACAUGCUGACAACAACAUGUAAAAGGACUCGAGUUUUAGUAACCAGACUAGCUUCAUCAUGAGAGCCUGGGAGAGGGGAAGAAUUUUCAGGAAAAAAAAUCUCUCUUUCCCAUAGCCCAAGUUGCAUUUGUCAUGCCUACCUGCCUGAAAAGUGCCCAUAGCCAAAUAAAAUUGUGUAUCUCCCCUCUAGAUGGCUGUCCUUGACACCUCCUGAUGCUAUAUGCUAUUUCUAUAUAUCUCUCUUCCCUCAUAGCGUGUCCAUUACUUAGAUGAUUGGAUAGGAAUAUUAUUAGACAAUAAUUUUGUUUUCCAAUGUGCUAUGUCUCAUUCGAGAACUGUGGCCAGAGGGUAUUUCAAUGAGUAUCCUUUGUUCGCCUUUAGAGUACUGAAAAUUUGCAGAAGUAAUUGGCUGUGCAGAAUGUAAUAGAAGCUUUUCCUAUUGUUUUCUUCUUAAAAAUCAGUAUCUUUUUACAGUAUUCUUUCUACAUGAUUCUUUUUUGUACAUUUAAGAAUAUUUUGAUUACAUUAAAUAAGACUGCUGAUUUUGCUACUUUUUUAAAGGGGUCUUCAAGUAAGGAAAACACAUCCUAGGUAGAGGAAAAAUGAGCCUUGAAGUUGCAUCUUCAACUCUCACACCCAAGCUGUAAACAGUGGGGACAUCUUUUGUCUUAAAGACGCUUGGUCAUUCUAUACUUAUUUGUUUUGAAACCUGUAUCAUCGAACUCUCUCUUUACAUCUCAAAUGCUGUGGAGUCUGACACUUCUGAGGAGAGAGUGGGUUCAGAACUUAGGGUACAUUAGGACAAGUAUGCUAAGUAUACAAUACAUUUUCUAAUUUUACACCUAAAACAAGGAGGCAAGGUCACUAAGAUAUAAAAACAUAUAUGUAGAACUUAACAUACUCUUCUUGCUUUCGUCACGCUGUUUGCUAUAGAAUUCAAGAUCAUAGUGUUCCUCUUAAUUCUUAAAAGUGAUGUAAUCUGAUAGCAAUGUAUUAGUUUAAAUAAAGGCAUUUACAUAA